AUGCCUAUUGGUGUUCCAAGAGUACCCUUUCGAAGUCCUGGAGAGGAGGAUGCAGUGUGGAUUGACGUAAACCGACUUUAUCGAGAAAGAUUGCUUUUUUUAGGCCAAGGGGUUGAUAACGAGAUCUCGAAUCAACUUAUUGGUCUUAUGGUAUAUCUCAGCAUAGAGGAUGAGACCAAAGAUCUGUAUUUGUUUAUAAACUCUCCUGGCGGGUGGGUAAUACCCGGAGUAGCUAUUUAUGAUACUAUGCAAUUUGUGCGACCCGAUAUACAGACAGUAUGCAUGGGAUUAGCCGCUUCGAUGGGAUCUUUUAUUCUUGUCGGAGGGGAAAUUACCAAACGUCUAGCAUUCCCUCACGCUCGGAGGGUAAUGAUCCAUCAACCUGCUAGUUCUUUUUAUGAGGCACAGACGGGAGAAUUUGUCCUGGAAGCGGAAGAGCUGCUGAAGCUGCGCGAAACCAUCACAAGGGUUUAUGCACAAAGGACAGGCAAACCCUUAUGGGUUGUAUCCGAAGACAUGGAAAGAGAUGUUUUUAUGUCAGCAACAGAAGCCCAAGCUCAUGGAAUUGUUGAUCUUGUAGCAACUGAAUAA